AUGCGUUCAUUACAUCUUCUAGCAUCCUCGACUUUGGCGUUGCUAGCCAAAGCUGCCCAAAAUAGCGACUGUUCGGCCGACCUCGACUCCUUGAAUGUCACAAACAUCGAUGAUGUUCGAGGUAACCUGCACUUGACCGCCACCACACAGAGUGGCAUGAACAUCAUCUGGAGCAGUAGCAACGAAUCUGUUGUUUCCAGUGAUGGCGUUGUCAAAAGACAGAACACCACCACAGAAGUUCAGUUGACUGCAACAAUUGAUUGCAAUGGGUCACCAGCAAGCCGACAAUUCUCCGCCUCUGUUCGUCAGGCUGCUAAGAUUGGUGCAUUCGAAGGCUAUGCUUUCGCAUAUUUCACCAACAACUCUCAAUCUGGCGAGAACGUCUAUUUCGCAGCUACUAACGGCAACAAUGCCUUGUCCUGGACAGAACUCAAUGGUGCACAACCUGUUCUCAAGUCGAUUUUUGGCACAACUGGACUACGCGAUCCGUUCAUUCUUCGCUCUCAUGAGGGCGAUACUUUCUACCUCAUCGCUACUGACCUGUCUAUCGGAUCUGGAACUUCAUGGGGUGAUGCAGUCAAAUUCGGAAGUCGUUAUCUUGAGGUCUGGGAAUCUCACGACCUUAAGACCUGGUCUGAACAGCGCCAUGUACUGGUUUCACCUGCUGAAGCUGGAAACACGUGGGCACCUGAAGCUUACUACGAUGAAGAUAUGGGUGCUUACGUCGUUUUCUGGGCUUCUUCUCUGUACAACUCUACGGAUGUUAAUCGUGUCGAGCCGACUUAUCACCGUAUGUUGUAUGCAACUACACGAGAUUUUGUUACGUUCAGUGAGCCGCAAAUUUGGCAAGAUGUCGGUAUGUCACGUAUUGACUCCACUGUCCUCAAGUCAGGUGACGUCUACUACCGCUUCACCAAGGACGAAGGGGCUGGCGAGACUGGAUGUACCGAUAUAAUUCAAGAGAAGUCAACAUCACUCAGAGCGAUGGCAGAUUCCUGGGCCAUCGUCGAUACCUGCAUUGGAAAGAAGGCUGGCACACAGGGUGUCGAAGGUCCAACAGCAUUCAAGUCCACCCCCGGCGAUGUCAAUGGCGAUAACUUCUACUUGUUCGUUGACGAGUUUACUGGUCGAGGCUACAUUCCUCUCCAGACCAAAGACAUUGCGAACCCCGACUGGACAGUUCCAGCAUCGUAUAAGCUACCUCCUAGCCCUAGGCACGGAACUGUUCUGCCUAUCACUGCUGCUGAGCUCGCUAGCUUGACGGCGAAUACAGCUGACACUUCUUCGAUUGCUAGUCGUACAACUAGGGGCUCACCGGUACUCAAGGGCUACUUCGCUGACCCAAACAUUGCUGUGUUCAACAAGACAUACUAUAUCUAUGCCACUACUGACGGCUUCCCUGGCUGGGGUGGCCAGGUAUUCUAUGCCUGGAGCUCGCCAGAUCUCGUAAACUGGACUCGUAGUGAAGAGCCGUUCCUGACCCUGAAUGGCACCAACGGCAAUGUUCCAUGGGCGACUGGCAACGCUUGGGCUCCCACGAUCAUCGAAAGAUAUGGAAAAUAUUACUUCUACUUCAGUGGACAGAACCCCACCUAUGAUAGGAAGACCAUCGGUGUCGCUAUCGCAGACUCGCCCUCUGGUCCUUUCACUGCAGAGCCCAUCGCCAUGAUCCUGAACAAUGAGCGUCUCACCACAGGCCAAGCUAUCGACUCUGAUGCCUUCUUAGAUCCUGUCAGUGGUAAAUACUACUUACUCUGGGGCAAUGGCAGUCCGCUCCUCGCUGAAUUGAACGACAACAUGACAUCAAUAAACUGGUCUACAGCGCAAGAUAUCACCGGUCUGGUUGACUUCCGCGAAGGCCUUUUUAUCAACUAUCGCAACGGCUUAUAUCACAUCACCUACUCUAUUGAUGACACAGGUUCCGAGAACUACCGCGUUGGCUAUGCGACCUCUACUUCUAUCACGGGAAACUAUACCUACCAUGGCGUAGUGUUGCAGAAAGAUGUAAGUCAAGGCAUCUUGGCUACUGGACAUGAUUCGAUCAUCAAUGUGCCUGGUACGGAUAAGUGGUAUAUGGCCUAUCACCGUUUUGCUAUUCCGGGAGGUGAUGGCACUCAUAGAGAGGUGACGAUUGACGAAGUUACGUUCGAUCCAAAGACUGGGUUGAUGAAUACUGUUGUUCCUACGCUGAGUAGUGUAGAACCUUUUGCUGUUCCUGAAGAGUAG